AGUGUGACUAUUAGCUUGUUGUAUUAAAGUUCUGCAGAGUUGUGGUUGGAUCCUUUUUUCAUACGUAGAAAGCUUGGCACUGCUUGUUGGCUGGUCUGUACUUUUAAUACCUGGCAUCCUGCUAGCAACACACGGUAGUGUAUAAUUCAGCUCUCAAUGCUUACGUUGAAGCAAGCUCGGGGAUGUGGGGGUGGCAAAAGUAGACCGUUUGGGACUUGUAGUUCGUAGCAAUGGCUUAGAAGCAGGUGAAGUCCUAUUUAAGAACUGCACUUCCCAGAGUGCCUUGCCCUUGGCCAUACAGGAAAGGGAACAGCCGGUAGCCUAUCCUAGUGGGGAGGUGUGGUGAUUGAGCAGCAGGCUAGCCAAUCACAAGAGGGUGAAGUGAAGCCAGAGCAGUGGGCUGAAAAUAGAGUGGGGGAGUUAGUAGGUGUCUGCUUGUGUGGGAUCAGGCAAGGGCUUGCCUGUGUAACUAGGGCCACUCGGAAGUUUCUUGUGCAGUUGCUUCAGAGCAGAGCCCUGCCCAAGUACAGAGGCAGGCAGGCAGAGGGAGACUGAGCUGACCCACAGGGAAACACAAUUCUGGCCGGCCGACAGGCAGACGGACAGACGGCAGGACGGACGGACGGGUGGCGGCUGCGAUUGGCGGCUCGGCGGCAGGCUGGUGGAAAAUGUCGUCGGGAGCAGGUGGGCGGGGAAGACGUGAUGGGAGAGCCUGUGGGGGUGCAGGCGAGAUAGAAGAAGGACCAGUAGGCAUCCCUUUCCCUGAGCACAGUGCUGACCUGCUGGGCAGUCUUAACAGGCAACGGCUAAGUGGGCUGUUGUGUGAUGUGCUUCUAGUGGCUCAAGAAACAGAAUUCCCUGCCCACCGCUCUGUGUUGGCCUCUUGCAGCACCUACUUCCACAAUCUUUUCACCUCGGGUCCGGCUGCUGACCGUCAGAAAGUCUAUGAGCUGGACUUUGUGCGGCCUGAGGCGCUGGCCGCUCUCUUGGACUUUGCCUACACAGCCACACUUACAGUCAGCCGCAACAGUGUGGUUGACAUUUUAAGCGCCGCCCAUGUGCUGGAGAUCUCACCCGUCCAAGACGUCUGCACACACCUGCUGGACACCAAAGUGCUCUCCCCGCCGGCGGGCAAUGAGCAAGAAGACAAUGAGGAAGAGGAGGAGCGAGGAAAAAAUGGAAAGGAGCAGGGCAUCCGGCUGCGUGCCCGAGAAUACUUGGAGUUCUUCCAGAGGGGGGCGCAUUGGGGUAGCAGCUGCAGCACGCCAGAGCUCAGGGACCUGCCCGCACACCUGCACUUUAGCCAACGCAAUGGCGCUGACAGAAAUGGCAUACCCAUCGGCCCUGCUGACUACUACUCCCCACUGGCCCAGGCCCUUUCACAGCCGCCUCGUGACCCCGAAGACGAAAAUGUGGAUGAGGAGAGCCAGGAUGUAGCUCGAGCUCGAGAAAAAGUUGCAGAGGGUCUGAUGCCCUUUUUUGCUCCCACUCAGAAUGGACAUUACUACCUCCAUCAGGCAGACCCCAAAUCCGAGAGAGAAGUGGAGGUGACGGGUGACAGGGAGCAUAACCAAGGCCCCGCCAGUGCUUUGCUACAACAGAUGAUGGACUCCUUGGAGCGGAAAAGGGAACGGGGCACAACAGGUGGUGGGGGUGAGGACGAUGGGCCUGAGGGUGAUGAGCCAGACGUGGAGUUUUACUUGAAGUACUUUAGUGCGCAGCCCGAGGGGCCCACCAGUGCUCCCAUAUCUCCAAGUCUGGCACCACUGUGGCCAGUCAGGGGCAAUGGAGGUGGAAACCAAGCAACUGGAGGGGGCAACAGUGGUGAAAGGAAAAUGCGAUCCAAGGCCUUUCAAAAGUGCCCCAUCUGCUCUAAGGUCAUCCAAGGUGCAGGCAAGCUUCCACGCCACAUCCGUACACACACAGGAGAAAAGCCCUAUGAGUGUGCGAUAUGCAAAGUGCGAUUCACCAGGCAGGACAAACUAAAGGUUCACAUGCGCAAGCAUACGGGAGAGAAGCCUUAUUUGUGUACUCAGUGUGGUGCCGCCUUUGCCCACAACUAUGACCUGAAGAAUCACAUGCGUGUGCACACAGGCCUGCGCCCCUACCAGUGCUCCAGCUGUUUUAAAACCUUUGUGCGCUCGGACCACCUCCACCGCCAUCUCAAGAAAGACGGAUGCAAUGGAAUUCCCUCCAGACGAGGCCGCAAGCCACGCAUUCGAGAUUCUGAGCUUCUUGAAGGUUCUCUGGAACUUCAUGGCCCGGAAACAGACAUCGAAAGAGGUCGACGGCAUCCGGACAGGGGCACCAUUAGUCACCAUCAGUCACCAUCAGUCAUGGAGGAGAAUCAUGGUAGUCACACGCACAGUCCUGUUGCCGAUGGGGAAGGUAGUGAAGUUUUGACCUCGGGACAAGUGGACCCCACAACUACAUGAAUAAGACUUUGUCAGAGAGGGCUUUACUCAAAAACAAGAGGAAGAAUUAUUGGAAAAAAUAAGAAAAAUUAACUACAAACUACAUGGUCCUCUUUAAAAAAACACAAAACAAAUCAGGGUGUCACGCAAAUCUAACCUUCUAGUUACUUUUUCCUUCAUUUUUUAGCUUCUUCAUUCCGAAUAGAGACUUAACCACCAAGAUACUGGUC